CCGCCCUCCCCGCCAUGGCGGCGCCCGAGCAGCCGCCGCCGCCGCCCGAGGGCUCCAAGCCGCUCAGCGCGCUCCUCAGCGGCAUCGCCCAGGCCGCCUACUACGGCAACGCGGACAUCACGGAGGAGCUGCUGCGCGGGCAGCUCUACCCCGAGGCGGCGCCGGAGGAGUUCCGCGCCCUCCGCGCCAAGAUGGGCGGCCUCCUGCAGUCAAUUGCUUCAGCAGACAUGGAUUUGAAUCAGCUGGAGGCUUUUCUCACAGCUCAAACCAAAAAACAAGGUGGCAUCACGUCAGAUCAAGCUGCAGUCAUCGCAAAAUUUUGGAAGAACCACCGAACAAAGAUCCACGAGAGCCUCAUCAAUCAAAGCCGUUGGGAUAAUGUCUUGAAAAACAUGACCUGGCGAGUGGAUCUGAAGUCCCAGUCAAGACACGUCGAUCAGAUAAACACUCCUGUUGCCAUAGUUGAAAUGGAAUUGGGGAAGAAUGGUCAGGAAUCGGAGUUUCUCUGUCUGGAGUUUGAUGAGGCCAAGGUGAGCCAGAUGCUGAAGACACUCUCGGAAAUAGAGGACAGCAUGACUUUGUUGACUCAGAGCACUUAACCGACUCAAGAGAUUGCAACUCAGAUAACUAAUGACCCUGGGGGCUUUUUCAUUGUUCUUGUUUCUCCAUAUGAAAUACAGAAAUGUUGUUAAAUCCCGAUUAUAACUGCAGAGUGCAUUCACAACCAAGCAUAGGCCAAGUCUGACUGCGAAGCUGCCUCUGUCUCCUCCUGCAGGCCCGUUCUCCAAGGUGGAGGUAGGGUUGUUGGCAUAAAGCUUUGCAUAAUCAGGCCUUUGAGUGGCCUGUAGAUCUUCUCUUUUUUCUCCCUUCUGUCAAUUUCUGAGUCUUCUGGAUGCUGUAAAUACUGGGCUGGAUAAACAGCGAAGGUAAAUUGGCCAGUUGUGGCAGGGGAGAAAUGAGUAGAUGAAACAGGCAGACUAGAGGGAACUCAUGUUUAUCCUUCCAAACCGUGGGCUAUGUAGGACAAAUCCACCCGCAUGAGCUCUGCCUGCUUAGAGCUUAAAGCCCGGGAGAGGAGAUGAAGCACAGCGAGUUCAGGCAGCAGAGACACAAACACAUGUUUCUGUAAGUGUGAGCCUCUGUGCUGCUGAGGAUUAAAUGGUUCCCAAGGCUGUGAGGUGGCCAACCUUGCUGGCCUAUUCAGUCACUCCUACCCAAUGCUGUGGGCAGCCAGGGGACAACCAGGGGAACAUCUCUUGGGUUGCAGGAAGUGCCUGUUGCCCAGAAGGAGCAGCUCUUCUGUAUGUGCUGGGCACCUGAUGAGGUGGGCACCUGAUGAGGAGACCUGCUGGUGAACCUUCAAAGCCACUUCUGACCUGCUUCCCUGGAGACCAUCCACCCUCACCAGCCUUCCAGCUCUCGAGCUGGAGUGGUGCAGCCCUGGCACCGAGCUGCACGGUAUGUGUGACAGGCCGGUGCUUUGUCAGAGCACAGUUUAACUUGGCUGCUCCUUGUCCUGUUUGUCAUGCUGUUUGUUUUGAGCUCAAAAAGCCGCAGGUUAAACCCAGGGUUUCUAGUGUGCUCAGAGUUUGGAAUUUGGAUAAAAGACAAAUGCCCUUGGCAACCCGGGCAGGUUAAAGCCCUCUCGAUAAAAUAGUUGUGUGAAGAAAGCUUCCAGAGGCAGAUAAAAUACCUACAGGGCACCACAAUGUGAACUGCCCAGGUUCCCGUGGCUCUUGUCUGCCUGUGUCUCUCUGCCAUGAGACCAGACUGCUGCCCUUCUGGCACAAGAGGACUGAGCCAGAAACGUUUUCAGUUGUUUCCCUUCAGGGAUACAACCUCAUCAGCCUUGUCACAGCAGGAUGUAUAACCACACUUAGUGGCUCAUCAGUGCAGGAAGACACGGAGGGGCUGUUCUGAGCAUGGUGGUCCCCACUGGACAACUGCCUGGUGGUCCAUGAAAUGGUGAUGGAUCAGCUGGAGACGGCAGCAGCUCACCAGGUUGAUUUGUUACUUAACUGGGAGGUGUGCAUACACAUUGGGUUGGAGGCCACAUUGAUUCUUCCCAUUUUAUUUUAGCUUUAUAAGCAACCUCCUCCUGAGCUAAAAUUAUAUUAAGGACUUGUACCAAGAUAGAGAUGACAACAUGAUAUGUUCUUGUGCCAUAACUGAAGUACUUCUCAUCGCUUCUUCUUGUGAAUUUAUUGCUCGUGGAGCUGCCAGAUUGCACUUGGACACAAAAUCUCUUCAGAGCAAGAGAAGGGCACCUUUUCCCAUCUGCCUGGUCAGAAGGGAAAGCAUCACUCAAGCCAAUUCAUGAAUUAACAUUUCCUUUCCCGUGCCUAUCCCACUGCUGCCUCAUCUCUUACAGCCACCUGGUUCUCCCCUCUCUCUCGUGAGGGGAACACACGGCUCCCAUCUCCUCACUUUCCCCAUCUGCCUCCAGGGUGUCAGGGUGGAACUGGACAGUAAACACCAACCAAUCCUCGUGCUGAUCCUUGGGUAACUGGCUGCCAGCACGGGUGUGAAAUGCUGAGUUGUUGCCAGUUCUCUCAGCUUUCCACUUGCUUCUUCAUCAAAGUUCAUUUAAAUGGAGUUUUUUUCUGCUUUUUAGAACAUGCUUUAAAAACAAAAUCAAGGUCAGCAAAGGAUCACGAUCUUAAGUAACUUGCACCAUGUCAAACAUACUUAUUGUUUUAUUUUAACAUGGUCAGAGGAUAGGAAAAUGUGCUAUAAAUGGAAAUUAAAGAGAAACAAACUGGGAACAGAUGUCAGGAAGCAUUAUUUCAUGCAAAGAAUAAUAAAUAUGUGAAAUGGCUAACCAGGCAAGGAUGCUGAGGCCAGAAAUGUUGGGGUCAUUUAAGACAUAAUUGGAUGCUUUCCUGGUAGAGGUGCAAAGUUAAAAAAAGACACAUUUUUAUGAGUGGACACUUCUCUCUCUUCCUGUCUUCCCUCCCCAUAAUAUCUAAUGAUCCCAAUUUUCUUCUUACUGCCUUUUUGUAAAUUACUGUGCAAAACAAAGGGAGGAAAAAAAGACUCAGUGUUUUGAGGACCACGUGCUGCCCGGCCCUUGGGAAGAGCAAAGGACUGUCACUGGGCAGCAAAAUGGUUUCUGCUUCAUGAGGUUUGACAUGGGCAGGGAAUGAGGAUACUGUGCUGUAAUAUCCAGCUGCUGCUGGGGCAUGGAGAACAGAUUUCCCCUUGAGCAGGACCAUGGCUUCCUACUGAGUCAGUUUGUGUCUGUCCAUCUGUCCCUCUUGACAGAGCUUUGGACCUACUGGCCACUUUUGGCUGAACUUGAAGGAGAAGAAGCCCCCAAUGCUGCUCUGCUUUGGUUCCUUGAGUGAAGCACACAAGCACUCGUGGCUUUUUGUUGGGAUUUGUGGCUGUUACUUGCUACUGAUGGCCCUGAUAAAUAUCUCUGUGGUGUUGGCAAAUUAAAGCUGCUGCUUAUGCGCCUCAGGAGAGAUUUCAAAUUCCAUCCCCAAAGCCCAGGUGUAAACCAGACUCAUCCUGAGCAUAUGGCCAGGCAGCUCCCAACGUGGCUGGGUGCUGGCCUCCUGCAUGUGUCUCUCUGUACAGACAUCCAUCCCAGCACAGCCUGGUUGGCUCAUGGGGCCUCAUCCUGUUUUGGAGACUGCUGCUGCCUGCCAUGGCACCAAGCUUGUGUGCUGAGCCGUGCCAGCAGUGGGAUACCAGGGUUAUGACCUCCUCCUCCUCCUCUUUCUCCUUCCUGCAGGGGAGCAGGCACAUGGCAGCCCCAAGCUGCCAGUCAAGCCUGACGGGCAGUUUGUAGAUUUACAGCAGGGACAUUAGCAGCUUAGCAUGGCCAGAGAAGGAAAGUGAGGGACGUGGGGAAGCAGUGAGAAGAAGGGCUGAGGGAAGGCCCCUGCCUGAGUCUCACCUGAGAGAGGUUUCCCUGCCCAGUCCUCAGAAGCAGGCAGGGAAGGGGCUGGGACCCAACUCAUACCACACUCUGAUAUCCUUAACCUCAGAAAACUCCUCUUCCUACCCACCUCCCACAGGUAAACUUGCCUGCCAGCUGCACAGGCUCCAUCCUUCUUGGUUUACUGACAGCUUAAACCAACUUGUGAGCAGGACUGCCGUGUGCCACUGGGCUGGGGCAGGCACGGCACCAUCAAAGUCUGCCUAUUUAACCUGCAUCACGUCGGCAGAGGCAGGGCAGGGAGUGUUCAGGCAGAUGCUGCUCAGGCAGGGUACAGCACCCAGCAACACCAGCCAUUUCCACCGGUCCUACUUUUGCUGUCACUUUCCUGGGCAACAACUUGCCAAAGCCAUGGUGGGUUUGUCCUGUGGUGAGUGAAGGCUGCUGCUGGAGCUCUGGCACCACAUACACAACAACUCCAGCUGUGCAGCCCAUCCCAAACUCUGCUGCUUCUCACCAAAGGCUCAUGCUGUUGCGACCUUCAGCGGGCUCUUCCUGAGAUGUCACCUUUUGCACCACAAUUUAUUCAUGCAGUCACUCCUUGUUUUCUGGGAAUUCCUCCAAGUUGCCACUCGUUUAUGAUCUGGUGUUCCCUAAAAUAUCUGCAAGUGCUGUCGCCUUCAAUCACACGUUACGCAACUGGCAAGCCCCGCGCUCGCUCUCUGCUUGGCAAGAUGAUUCCUCUCAGUGCAGUUUCCUUUCUCCUUUAUUCCCAGAGCUGCUGCAUUUCAGAGUAUUUGCCUAGGCAUAUCUGCAUUUGAAAAUAACAAUAAUCAAAAAAAUUAAGCACACCAUGUUUUUCCCAAUCCAAGCCAAGCAAAGGUUGUAUUUCACAAAGCCUUGGGCCACGGAAAGCAGCAGAUGACGAGGCAUACUGAUUUUAUAAGGGUGUUGAUUUACUCUCCUGUUGUUUAUGUUACUCAGACUCAUUUUAUAUUUACAUUUCUUUCUCAUUUUUUUCUUACAGGUUCUUUUUGCAAGUGUAAAUAUCAGAAUUAA